AUGCACGUGUCAAGGCCCUUAUUUUCCGGUUUGCUUUUGGUGGCCGUCGUUGUCGCUUCCAACAUUGACGAUGUUCCACACCAGUGUCGUGACAUCUGUGCUCCAGUAGUCAGCCUGGCAUCUUAUUGCGAUGAUAGAAGUGACAGAAUCAAUGAAGACAACGAUGACGAUGAUGAUGAUGAGCUGAGCUGCAUAUGUAAUGGCUCCGACGCAUCAACAAGCAUCCCCAUGUGUGAUGUAUGCAUCACCGAGUAUGGUAAUGAUGGUAGUGAUAAUGACGUCAACGAUCUUGUGCAAUCUUGUUCCUUCACUACCUCCUCUUAUAUUUCGACGUCUACUUCGACUUCGACUGCGACUGGAGAGAUUACAAGUGCGACCACGACCACUUCGGCCACUUCCGCUACAAUAAGUACAUCCAGCUCUUCCACAGGGCAGGCGAGCAGCUCAAGUACUUCCACUAGUGCAUCUGCAGCUGCUACGUCUGAUUCAGGAGCUGCAGCAAAUGACAAUUUCAAUUCGGGAAUGUUUGGCUUGAUUGGAGCAGGAGCGCUUGCCAUUAUGAACCUAUAG